AAUUGCGUGGCGGAAUGUUGAAUGAUCAUUUCUAACUUUGGCCCGUAACCAAAGUUUAAUCCUUUCUCGAAAACAAGCGGCUACUUCCAAAAGUCAUGGAGAGACCUUACUCCAAAGAUGAAACGACGCUUCCAGCUAUCGUUAAUAAUAACUCAGAUGAAAGAUUGAGUCGUAUGGAGAACUUGGAAGGUCGCUUGGCGCAUCAGGAGAAAACUACAAGAUCCCUUGUUGACAGGGCGCUUAUGGUAAAAGAAGAUAUUAUUGAGAGUCUAAGCAUCGCUCAGAUAAGCUGGCAAGGAGAAAAGAAAGCGAGGAGCUUGUUGCAGGAACACAUACGAACAAUUACUACUGUUGUCAAAAGAUUGAGUAGAGAAAUUGAAGCGUUGGAGAGCGAGAUCAGGUCAAGACAAAGUCAAGUGGAAGGACAAAGUACAGCUGUUAAAAAUUUGGAACUCCACCAUGUAGCUGGAGUCACGGAUCUGAGAGGUCGUGUAACAAGGUGUGAUGGAGCAAUUCAGAGGCUUGUAUCUGAUAUGAGAAGCAACAAUGAAGUAAUUAAUGACUUCAAGCAAAAGCAAGAACUGGCAAUUAAAGAUUGUCGUGAUCAGAUAACCUCUCUCGAGAAGAGCAUUUCUAACCUGACGCUGAAAAUAGAAAAAUAUGUGAUGGAUCAGUCAAACAGCAUCCAGAAAUUAAAAGGUGAUUCGGAUCAACUCGUUGUGCAACUCGAUUCUAAGACAAAAACUGUAGUUGAAGAUAUUCGAGGUUCAAUUUCAUCAAAUCGUUUGUGGGCAGAAUCUGAAUAUUUCAAACUUACCCAAGAUUUUCAAACAAGGCUUGAACGGUUCGAGGGUCUUAUGGUUGAACGACAGGAAAAAUUAGAGAGAAGAGUUGACCAUUACCUUGCAAAGGUGGAUAGACUUUUGGAAGAGGAGAAGAGCAAGUAUUAUAAUAUAUGGGAGGUUAGACUUAAGGAGGUCAGAUCUGAACAGGAGAAGACUAUGCAACAGUCCUUGGCACAGAUGAGACAUGAAUACAGGCAAGGAUUUAACAAUGUGCAUGAAAGUAUUUCCAGUCUUCAAAAGGUGUUUCAUGCAAAAUUGAAGUUGUUGGAAGAUGACUUACGCAAGGCCAUUAACAAUGUGUUAAGAAUGGUAGUACUUGUUUGACAAGUGUCAAGAGUGGGGUGACUCACUACUGUGACACAGGAACCUGAGAACCUUGGGGUUUGGGGUGCAGAAUUUUUUUCACAUUUCACAGGUCCUUUUAUUUUCAUGUUGGCCUCUUCUGAAAGACUAGUUCUUUUGCAGAACUAAGGGUGCCUUCCUUUGUGUGAUCUGGAUCCAAGACCAAUCAAAUCAUGGUGUAUCAAAAGAACCAAAGAAUACACUCUGUACAAGGAUUCAUCAGUUCUUUUAAUGUGCCAUGAUCCAAAUGAUGUUGGAUUAGUAAUACUGAUCUGGAUCAUCCUAAAAGAAUGCAUCCUUAGACACACUGUCUAGUAGUCUUAAAAGGACUAUUCAUCAGAUGUAUUAAUGGGUGAUAAGUCUGUUGUUCUGAGACAACAGUAAAUAUUCCAGGAAUCCACAACAAAUCUGGAAUAAAAUAUAGGGCAACAGGGAAAAAAUUUGGGCACCAAACUCUGCGCUAGGCAAUGUUUUCUGCAAUUUGUGCUACAAUAUUCUUUUGCCGUUGUAAGUGUGACAUCUCUAAGUAACCAUGAAAAGUUUGGUGUAGAACUGCUGCUUUCUACUUGGUAGAAAGUUAUGCUUGCUGGAAAGAACAAUGUUGUGAGAUGUGCUGGCAACUGGCAUAAUUGCAAUAAACUUGUGACAUAAAAUUUUACUUUUUAUGCAUUAUUUGGCAUUUUCCAUGUAUGUUAGGCUUUGUUUCCUGUUGCCAUGAGUGUGAGUGCCAAAAGAAGAACAACAAAAAUCUGUGUAUUCACUAUUUAUUAAAUUUCUUAAUAUUGUUUUUACUAUAAUUUUUUUUGUCUUCCUCUUGUCCUUGAACCAUGCUUGCUUUUUCCCUACCCUCCCCCAAAGAAAUUGCCCUUAGUUAUGGCCUAGUCCUAUUUCAGCAUGGUUAACUCUUUUGUACUUAACAGAGAGCAAGUUCCAAUUUCUUUUAACCACACAUGCAGGUUAAGAGAAUGAAAGAAUUUAUCACUUCAGAAACAAAAAGAAAAUCAGCCCACCAAAAUCAAACUGUUCACAAUGUGAACAGACAAUUAAGAAGAAUAAAGAGGUAGUCUCUAUCUGAAGUAAAAUAUUCAAAAAUACUAGUGAGAGCAUGUACUAUUGACAACUCUGUAUUGUUUCAUCUUACACUUAACACUUUUGAGCCAGUAUUUUGUGAAUAAUUUACUUCAGAUUGAGACUAACACUACAUUUGGGUUCUCACUCUUUAUGCAGCAGUCUUGGUUAGCUUGAAAGUGGACUAUUUAUCAUGUGAAAAUGAAUAACAAUGAUACAGAUUUUGUGAAACUCUAAAUGUGAAUGGUUAUGCAAACUAACAUAAACUGUUGGUAAAGUAAUAACAUAAACAUAAUUAUACUAAAUGUCUACCUGGUUAUUUUUAGCCCAUUGAAUGAAUGAAAAAAGCAAAAAAAUAAGUGAAAGUGAACCAAGGGAGAGAAGAGAAAAACUGUCCUUCCCCAGUUUCCCUUGGUUUGCUUCAACACAUCCCUGUGAUUUGCGUGCAAUUGGACUAUACUCGCAGUUUAAACACGUAAAGGUUAUGUCGCAAAUUGUAAAACUCAGCUUAAAGUGUCUUACAGAGCAUAACAGAACCAAACUUUUUCCUUUUCAGAAAACACACUGACUUACCAGCAAUUGGCUAUUUCACAGCCAGUCAGAAGAAUUUUUCAUUUCGUCAAAAUAUUGUUCAUGUUUCUAUUAGUUCUAUAUACACUGGUCACUUAAGAGAUGAAAAGAGGGCUGGAAAAAAACACAAAAUAAGGCUCAAAAUCGAUGGGCUACAAAAGCUGCCCUCAUAUAAAAGGGGCCCUACUGAACAAGUUAGACAUGACUGAGUGUGUUUGGGUUAUUGACUGCAAAACAAGCUGCAUUGCACAACCAUUUUUUUCAUUGUCUUAUUUUGGAAAAUCGUUUGUUAGAGAAUCUGACUCAAUUUCAUUUUAUAGAGGCUAAUGAUAGAAUUUCUUUAAGGACCUGUUAUACUUGACCAGCUGUGCUAGGAAAUGGAUGAAUACUGGUCAUAAGAAACUGUUGGACAUUGCACCCAUGGAAAAAUAUGAAUCUAGAAAAUAUAAACCAGAAAAAGAACAUCCCUUUCAUUGUCCACAUUCGUUGUAAAAUUA